CGCCGUUUGGAAAAAAAAAAAAAAAAAAGAAGAACAAGACUAGCAUUUCACACUGACAAAUCUCCCUCAACUACUCAGCACAUUAAUUCAAAGCAGAGUUCCUUCCUUUCAUCAAUCUUUCUUCAGAAAAUGGAUUUCACGCUGCUGCUCGCCUUCUCCUCCUUAAUCCCAAUCAUCAUCGCCUCUGUUUCCGGGGACGAAGCUAUUGACUACUUCACGGUUUGCUCGCAGCCUUUCGAUUGCGGGAACAAAACCAACCUUUCCUAUCCUUUCUGGGCAACCGAUCACCGGCGGCGAGAGUGCGGGCAUCCGGAUUUCGAGCUGAUCGGAUGCGGAAACGGAAAUCAGCACCCUGUUCUCGUCGUAACAGAGUCCCUGCACCUCCGCCUAAUUGCCGUGAAUCAGUCUUCAAAAACGCUGACCGUCGCCCUGCCAGAUUAUCGAUACACAGCUUGCCCGCGAAUCAACGCAACUCUGAGCAGCACGCUGCUCGCUCCUUCCCCACUCGAAGCUGCCGCCCUUCAGAAUCUGACCCUGUUCUUCGGCUGCCCGUCACGUGCGGGGAUUCCGGAUACGAGGCUGUCGUGUUCGGUUGCCGGCGAUUUGGUAUCGUUCUACGCGAACGAGACGGUUGUGAGGGAUAGGGAUUUGGGAGGGCUGCUUGAGUCAUGCACAGGGAGAGUGGUUUUUCCGAUUCCGGCGGAUGUUGACGGUGGAAUCUGGGGGAGGGACGGGGAGGCGCAGCUGCAGAGAGUUCUGGAUAGUGGAGUCAAUUUGUCAUAUAGCUACGGAGGUUACCAAGUGCUGUGCGAGCAGUGUGGCGAGUUCGGCGGGUUGUGCGGCACGGCGGCCGGAGGGUCUACUUUCUUGUGUCACUGCCUCGCCGGAUCCCAACCGCUCAGUUGCCCUGUAUCAAUAGCUGCUGGAGCACCAUAGCUGAGCAAAGAAGAAAAAUUUUGGAGGUAAGUUCUGCUUACAUUGUUUGAAUGAGCAUAUUAAAAUUUUGAUUAAUUU